CGUCCGUCCGUCUCGGCCGAUGGAGGUACUGGCGUGGCUGUGGCUGGGCUUCUUCGCCCGGGCGGCGGGGCUGCCGGGCUCCCCCUGCGAGCCGGUGCGCAUCCCCAUGUGCCGGCACAUGCCCUGGAACAUCACGCGGAUGCCCAACCACCUCCACCACAGCACCCAGGAGAACGCCGUCCUGGCCAUCGAGCAGUACCAGGAGCUGGUGGAGGCGGCCUGCAGCCCCGUGCUCAGCUUCUUCCUCUGCGCCAUGUACGCGCCCAUCUGCACCCUCGAGUUCCUCCACGACCCCAUCAAGCCCUGCAAGUCGCUCUGCCAGCGGGCCCGCGACGGCUGCGAGCCCCUCAUGCGGCGCUACAACCACAGCUGGCCCGAGGCCUUGGCCUGCGAGGACCUGCCCGUCUACGACCGGGGGGUCUGCAUCGCCCCCGAGGCCAUCGUCACCGACCUGCCCGAGGACGAGGUCAAGUGGAUCGACCUGUCCGACGACGUGAUGGUCCAGGAGAGACCUCUGCUUGCUGAAUGCAAGAACUCCAGCCCGGCUCGCUGCAAGUGUAAGAAAGUGAAGCCGACGAUUAUGACGUAUCUCGACAAAAACUACAGUUACGUUAUUCAUGCUAAAGUAAAGAGUUUGGAGAGAGGAAACUGCAAUGAAAUAAUCACAAUGGUCGACGUGAAGGAAGUGUUGAAAUCUUCCACUCCAGUCCCCCGUUCGCUAGUUCCUCUGUAUACCAAUUCCUCCUGCCAGUGCCCACCUCUUCUACCAAAUCAGGACGUCCUCAUUAUGUGUUAUGAAUGGCACUCAAGGUUGAUGCUUCUCGAUGGUUGUUCUGUUGAAAAAUGGAAGGAUCCUUUAAGCAAAAGAUUUAAGAGAUGGGAACAGCGACUUCAAGAACAGAAGCUGCGAGCAGUGGCAAAUAAAAACCAGAAUGCUAAAAACUCUGGUCGCAACGGGGUGCCAAAACAAAACUCUAAGAAUGCCAAACCGGUGGUUGCUAGUCCCAAGAAGAUCACUAAGCUCAGAAGUGACCAGAAAGAAGUUAAUUCCAAAAAAAUGUGAAUUGCAGACUUCCCCACAACAAAGCUCACCACUUGGCCAGAAUGGCAUGUGGGCAUUUCCUGAAGUCAUCAAUGUAAACAUUUACAAACAGACAUUAUUUGCAUCAAUGUAUGGUUAAAGGAAUACUUUUUCACAUUAAGCGACACAUAUAGUUUAGCCCUACAUGUGGUGAGUUGAUGAGAAUCAAUCGAUUGAACCUGCAUUUUACAUUGCCAGUCAUAAUUUACUAAUGCAUAUGUAUUUGGAUAGGCUAUUCUCUGUGUUAACGUGUUUCAGAAAAUUUCCUCUGAAGUUCACUACACACAUAUUCUCUAGAAGGGGCAUCCAGUAUUAUUUCUCUCUCCA